AUGGAUUCUAUCGUCAACGUUAUUGAAGAUGAUGUUGAAUACGCACAGAGGGUGACUAGUUUCAGCUCACCACAAAAUACAAAUGUCAAGGUCUUCACUAUUCCUCGGCAUUCCUUCACGGCGUUUAGAUUGUCAUAUGUUUCACCUACAGAGCUUUCAGCAUGUUCGCAGGUUACUUUACUAGGUGGUAUUCCUAAACAAUGGUACACUGACCAAAAUAAUCAGGUUUGGAGACUUUUAACCAAAAUUUCACUUCGGAAAGUUAAGAAGCAAUCUGAUAUGCUAAGAAGGUAUGGCUAUGGAACAAUUUACAAAAAGCGUGUAGAGAAAAUCCCUACUGCAUCGUACUUGAGAAAGCACUUCACAUGGUCCUAUGAGGACAAUACAUCAAUCCACAACAGUCAUCAUCUUGAAGACUCAGAGGUACAAACAAAAAGAGCUAAGUCAAGCCCUAUGCAGAGAAGCGUAUAUAAAAUUAGUUUACCCAAAAGGUGUAGAAGCUCUUCCGAUCUAAAAUUCAUGCCACAAGAGCUUUUGGAAGAAAGAAAGUCAGGGCCUUCUGGAAACGAUAGUUUGCCUUUGGGCGAUACGGCGCAAGCUGUGGCGAUAAAGCCAGUUUUGCAUAAAAAAGAUGAAGAAAAGACGAAUAAAAGACAUGAACCGAUCUCUUCGAGUCUGAAACAAAGAACUGAACAGCAAGAAGAAAGUCCAUCUGGAGAAGAUUAUUCGCACUUCGAUCGAAUACCGAGCCGCUCGUCAACGAGGAGAGCUAGAGAAACAGAGUUUAAUUAUGAUAGAGAACCUUCUGAGGAUACUUUAAGAUAUUCUCCCGAUAGUAGUGUUGAAGCAACGAAUCGGACAAGUCCUGGGAGAAGUAGCAUACUAAGUGAAUCAGAACAAUUCGCUCAUUCAAAUGACCUAAGUGAUGGCUUUUCGACAUCUAAUACUAUCAAUAACUUGGGAUUAAAUGCAAAUGAAAAAAUCAUCCUUGAUGCGCUGCAAAGUAUGGAAAAGGAAAACCUUAUGGUUUGGAAAACAACUCGGAAAGAAGGGAGGUAUCUCGACGAAAGACGGAAGAUAGCAGAUGCCUUUCAAAAAAGGGAGAAGAGUUUACGUGUAGACAUUAGCAAGUUACAUUCGAGUCAUCUUCCAUUUUUUAAUAUCUUGCCUCCAUGGCCGACGGAAUUGACGGUGGAAGAGAAGAUCAUACACGAUAGGAUAGUCUCUAAGCAUUCCCAUCAUAUAAGAAAACAUGUUCACAAUGCUCGAAACAAAACAAGCUGUAAAAUCAAAGAUAGCGUUGGAACUUUCUUGGGUAUGACAAGUUCACUAACAAAUAAAGCAACAGUCAGAAAACGCACCGGUCAGAUCCUUAAAAAAGAAAAAAUGCUAGUGAUGGUCAAAGAGGCUAUACAAAAUAAAGUACCGCUUCCCAACUUCUCAGAAAAUGAGUGCUUUGAUACAAGGGUUAGUGAAAGGUGGAAGGAAUAUAUCGUUAUUGCAAGAUCCACAGGAAGGUUCGACCCCCCCAUUCUUUUGCAGUUUUACCGUCACCGCCACAUCCCAGAAAUUGAAGAUAUCAGCUCCAUAGCUACAAAGUAUCAUCGUAAUCCGUUGGAUUUUUUUCUUUCAAGAAAUUGUAUUGUAAAAUUUUACAGCUCUCUAGACAAAACUAUAUCCAUACAGAAACCUGAUAAGCGGUUAGAUGGAUUUAUAGACGAGAGCAUCGAAAACAAGGACGAAUUAAAGCGCUAUUCCCCUGUUAAAAUUUUUAUCUUAAGAUGCAGCAGCAUUCGCUCCUCUGGUAGAUGGUACAAAUUUUUACUAGAAUCUUUGGACCGACAAUUAUUUACACCUACCAUCAAUCUUAAAAUCCCACUAACUGAGAUAUCAAUAAAAAUCAACUUGAAUGAAAUUAUAUUCCAAAAGUUGAUAGAUUUAGGGAAGCAGGAAAAAGAUAGACUCAAAAUAUGCUUUCUUGAAAGAGGUUAUAAAAUUUUCCAACAUCCCAUUUUACGAUAUUUCACAAUUGCUAUUAUAGAGAAAUUAAAAUUGGCACACUACGACUAUCUGAUUAGGAAAUGGGACACAGAAAAUGCUGUACUAGGGUGCGCUUUAAAAAGAUAUGAUAGAUUAGAAUGGAUUCCAUGUGAUGAAGAUUCUCUAAUAACCGGAAUUUUCGCAUUUUGCCAAUCUCACCUAAUCCAGUACAGACCAAUCGCAAAUCGUGCAAGGGAAACAAAAUCCGUGAAGGGAGAUUGUUUGAAAGAAACACCACCGGUUGAAGGUUUUUUAAUAAGAUUGACGGACAAGUAUGGGUCUGUAAGAACACAUUUUGGUAAAUAUAGUAUUUCAACAGCUUACUUCUUCACGUGUGAAAAUUUGCUUUUUUCAAUGAAAGCAUAUAGAGCAAACCCUCCUUUACCUAUAGAUGCAAUGAUUGAUGACAGUAGCACAGAAAUGGAAAAAGAAGAAAUUUGGAAACAAUGGAAGAAAAUUCCAGAAGUUUACGAGCAACAACCGUAUACCUUAGACGCGGAUGAUCACAUCGAGUGGAUGAACUGUCAAACGACUCAAAGUGAAUAUGACUCCAGAGAUUUUUACGCUUUCCAUUGUUUUCAUAGAAGGAUCGAUCAAAUACUAAAAACGGACAAUGUGAUCGACCUAACUGAGGUGAAAGACAUAUACCAAGGAGCGAGGACUGAUUACGAGGCUGACAAAAUAAAGUAUGGAGUUUACAAAGAGGCUAGUGAAAUUUUUUGGCACAGGAGUUACGAGGUUGAUGAUGUUUCACAGUCGGUUAUAAACAUAGAAACGUCAAAUGGUCUCUUGUUGAAACUACUUGCUUCAUCGGUAACAGUUGCGGAACAGUGGGUCGUAAAACUGAAACAAAUGGCGUCUUAUUGGAAAAACAAACAAAGGGAAGAUACGGACAGAUUACUACACAUAAGGCGUUCCAACGCAGGCCUUUUGAUGUUAAAUGGAGAAGAGGAAACGAAAAUCGGUGAGAACACGUUACGCUGGAUCGUAGAACACGGACGCGCAGAUGAACAAACCUUUAAUGCUAACGGAAUAUCAUUAAGUAGGCCAUUGAUUCAAAAGGGACCUUUAUAUCAAAAACCACACAAGCACUCUGUUUUCUCGAAGUACUACGUCGUUUUGAUAUCCGGCUUUAUUGUUUUGUUCCACUGCUUUCAUAGAUCAACUACAGGUUUUGCUAAGGAAGUUUUGGAAUAUGCCCAUUAUAUAACUAUUCCAAUUGACGAUUGCUAUUUAUACUCGGGUACUACAACAGAACUAGACCUUUUGCAGAGAGAUCGUACUUUUGAUGAAAUAAAUUAUGGAUCUCACGCUCUUCCCCGAGUUUAUGAGGAUGGAUGGCGGUCUGUAGAAGACGAGAGUUCACGGUGCUUUACCCUUUGGUUUGGAACUAGGCGUGCCCUUUCUAGCAAUCGCUCACAAAAGAAAGGAAAUGAAAAGCAUUAUUCGCAAGCUUAUGGUGGACAACAAAAUUUUGUCGAUCCACCGUCUGCUUCGGGAGCUGAUUUGGAUACCGCUAAGGCUUCAAAUAACACAGACAAGAUACAUUUCACUAAAAAGUUAGGUGUAAGCGGCAAGUCAAUGGUUUUCAUGGCAAGGUCAAGGCAGGAAAGAGACCUUUGGGUAAUGUCUAUUUACUAUGAGCUUGAAAGACUAAGAAGAACGGCGUCCUCUUCAAAGUCACAGAAUCAGGCUACGUAA